UCUGGCUCGGAGAGAGAGAGAGAGAGAGAGAGGAAUUUGGUCGUUGUUGGCUGCCUUCGCGUGGUGUUUGCUUCUUCUUUUCAAUCAGGACCAUCGUAUCAGGAGAGAGAAGAGCAGUUGAAAAGAAACUUUUUUUCUAUAGAUGUUGACAAAAAUUUUACCAUCACAUCUAUAUAGCUCCAAAGACAUUCCACAUCAAAAGAGAAGUCUAACAGUUAUGAAGUCAGUCGCUAAAUCUCAUUCGCCCCGCCCUUACUAUAGCAUAUUGUGUCAAGAGAGCGACCACCAUCCCCCAUCGAAACGUCCCCACGUGACGACAGUGGUGUGUAAAUAAAUAGGAAAAAAAAAAUAAAAAUAAAAAGGCUUAUUUACAGAGUGGAAAAUCAUUAACAGCUGAUUGCCAAAUUUUCAUAGUAUUUUUAUCAUUCAAUUCUCACGAGUCGAAUUUUCAAGGGUCAGUGUAUUUAUUAUGCAUCGAAAUAGUUAAUAUCAUCAAUCAAGCUAAAUCCGGCAAAAUGGACGAUGUAGUAUUUAAACUGUCGGAUCAUGUUUUGGAGGUGAUAUUUUCGUAUCUGGAUCUUCAUACCUUGAGGAAUUGUGCAUUAGUUUGUAAAAAUUGGUAUAGAUUUUUGGAGGAUGAAAAUAAUGACGUCUGGAGGACACAUUGUCUCAGAAAAUUAGCGCAAGAGGCACUCAGUUCUGAUCUCCUGUCAUCGGUUCCAACUUACAAAGAGAAAUUAAGGGCUUUCUACCACGCCUGGAAUCCAAACGACUGCUCUAGAAAUAUCUAUAUUAAACCAAAUGGUUUUACCCUUCACAGAAACCCAGUUGCUCAGAGUACAGAUGCUUGUAGAGGUAAAAUUGGCUUUAGGCAUGGUCGUCAUGCCUGGGAAGUCAUCUGGGAAGGUCCCCUGGGUACAGUAGCCGUCAUAGGUAUUGCCACAAAGGAGGCACCACUAAUAUGUCAUGGAUAUGUCGCACUUCUGGGUUCUGAUGAACACUCUUGGGGGUGGAAUCUAGUGGACAAUCACCUACUGCAUAAUGGCGAUACUCAGGGAAAUUAUCCCUUAUUGAAUAAUGCACCCAAAUAUCAAGUUGGUGAGAAGAUUAGAGUUAUACUGGAUUGUGACGAUAAUACGUUAUCAUUUGAGAAGAAUUACGAAUUUUUAGGUGUUGCAUUUCGAGGAUUACCUGAUAAACGAUUGUAUCCCUCUGUCUCAGCGGUCUAUGGUAACACCGAGGUUUCGAUGGUGUAUCUUGGACCUCCAUUAGAUGGCUAACACUCUAUUAAUCAGUUGAAUUGAAUUUAUCCAUCAAUGCAAAAAAAUUAUACUGAUAUAUUUUAGGAUAGCGAUUGUCCAUUCCAAUGUAUUGAAACAUGUUUUUCAUGUGAGUUUUAUAUUCCUAUGUGAUACGCGAUUAUGUUGUCAAUUUGUUUGUUUGCGUGUGUGUUUUCUUGAUCGAAUAAUGGGUCAGGAUUCUACAGACUCCGAAUGAUACUCUCUUCAAUAAUUAUCUAAUUUUCCUUUCUUUUUCAUCUUUUUAAUAAUCAUUUGUUGAUGCAAUCAGUUUCAUUAAUAUUUACAGAUAACCACAAUUUUUACAUAAUUAAUAUAGGUAAUAAUUAAGAGAAACACUUAAACCUUGCCAUUGAUUAUUUACAAUCAUUGCCAUAAAAAAUAAAUGUCAUGUAAAUAUUUAGUAAUUUGGUAAUGGAGCCUUCAAACAAAAUGUCCACAUCUCAAUGACAAUUCUUUCAUAUUUUUUGUACAAAUUCAAUGUACAUAGUCGUUCAACUGGUCUUGAAAAGAAGAAAAAAACACUCAUUAUGUUUUUUAAAUCAAACACCUAAUUAUACAAAUUCACCAUAUAUAUACGAUUCAAUAGAUAUGUAUUAUAUGUAAAUAAAUAAAUUUAUUUGAAAUUCAAAAAUUUCAAUUGAACAUCUAAUUGAAAUAAUCUAGAUACAAUUAGUAAAUGAAUGAAGUAUUUUAAACAUUGAAAUGACUAAUGAGUGGAGACAAAAUCUAUGAAAAAAUGUAUUUGUACUGCAUACUAGAGAUUUUUCAAGCAUGUUAAGUACAUUUAGUUGUAACCCUCAAAGUUGUUCUCUCUAUUUUUUAAUCAAUAUCUUCAACUAUGUAAUCCAUAGAAAUGUUGAUUGAAUCAGAAAGAAAAUAAAAAGAAAAACAAGUAGAAUAAA